CCGCGCCGUUUACCUCCGGUGAACAGGUGUAGUGGCACUCCUGCAAUACGGGAGAACUCCGUGGCGGCUUGCACGGCGCCGCCACGAGAGGAUAUGCUACCGCGCCGCUUUAUUUCUCUCUCUUUAGAGCUCCGUCACUCUUUUAAGCCCCAGCUCCCCCAACUCCCAGAGGCCAGAGGACGUCAUCAUCAAUUCAUCAUCCAUCGCUAGCUCAGAGGAGGAGCAGAAUCUGUUCGUCUCUUCCCCGAGAGGCAACCUAGCUAGCAGCCGGGAUGCUGAUGCAGCUCUCCGGCGGCCGGAGCCGGAGCAUGGCCCUGCCGUCGUGCCUCGCCGUGGUGGCGGCGGUGGCCGCACUGGCCGCCGCCCCGCGGGGGGCGGAGGCGUACAGGAACUACACCGUCGGCGACGACAAGGGCUGGUACGACGGGCUCACCCUGCCCGGGGUCGACUACCAGGAGUGGGCCGACGGCAUCAAGAACUUCAGCCUUGGGGACUUCCUCAUCUUCAACACGGACAAGAACCACUCGGUGGUGCAGACGCGGAACGCGACGCUGUACAAGAGCUGCGACUACAACGACUCGGGCCCCGACGACACCCUCGAGUGGUCCGCCGCCGCGCCGGAGUUCAGCAGGGACGCCGUCACCGUCGCCGUGCCCCUCCUCCGGGAGGGCCGCACCUACUUCUUCUCGGGCAACUACGACGGCGAGCAGUGCGAGAGCGGCCAGCGCUUCGCCAUCGACGUCGCGCACGGCCAGGGCCUGCCGCCGGACCUCAGGCCGCCCGCCGCCGACGCUCCCGCGCCCGCGGCCGCCGGGCCCGCAGACGGCGCCGCCGUGCUCGACUUCAGCCACCCCAAGAACGUCACCACGCCCAGCGCGUCGGACGACGACCGCGACCUGAGCGGCAGUGAUGAUGACACCUCGGGCGCCGGCCGGACUCUGGUGGCCGGGAUCGGCUCCGGUCUGGCCGCGACGACGCUGGUCGUCACCGUGCUCUGCUUCGCGGCGUAGUAUGAGAUUUGUUUCAGUGAUGCCUGAAGCAUGAGAUUUGUUGUUGUGAUUUGUUUACUAGUCAAGUAGAAGGGUUGGUUUCCACAGGUGACAUAUAGUCAGUGAAAAUGCUUUCGCUUGUAUACUGUACUACUACGGCCGGCCGUAUUAUAAAAAUAUUUUUACAGA